UCAAUUUUGAUACUAGGCUCGACCCCCAUAUCGAGCUAAGUCAAUUCCAGGAUGUGCACGUUCAUCAAUUCGACGGUUUUGUUGCUUCCCUCCAAAUUCACCACCACUGUCGUUCAAUCCCCACAUGCUCACAUCCUCGGCUGAAGCUGGAAUGUCCGUGCCGGUUCGAACGCCGCGGUGGGUGUCCCCGAGGCGGAUGUUCGAGCAGAAGCUGUCGGACCUCCACAGGUGCACCAACUUGAGCCACAUCAAGCAAGUCCACGCCCAGAUUCUCAAGGCCAGCCUCCACGGGGACGCCCACGUGGCCGCGAAGCUCGUCGCGGCUUUCUCCCUCUGCCGCCACAUGGCGUUGGCCGUCAGCGUCUUCGACCAGAUUCCGGAGCCCACCGCUCAUCUCUACAAUAUCCUGAUACGGGCCUACGCGCAGAACUCGGAGGCCUCUCGGGCCUUCGCUACUUUCCUCCAGAUGCAGCGGAAUGGCGUUUUCGCGGACAAUUUCACCUACCCUUGUCUUCUUAGGGCGUGCUGUGGCCAAACUAGCUUGUCGCUGGUGCAAAUGAUCCACGCCCACAUCGAGAAGUUUGGGUUUUGGGCGGAUAUCUUUGUGCCGAAUUCGCUGAUUGAUACUUACUGCAAGUGUGGUUCCUUGGGUGUUAGAGCAGCUAGGAAGUUGUUUGAUUCGAUGGCAGUGCGAGACACGGUGUCCUGGAAUACUAUUAUUACUGGGCUGGUGAAGGCGGGGCAGCUGCUAGAAGCUCGGCAGCUGUUCGAUGAAAUGCCGGAGAGAGACACGAUUAGUUGGAACAUUCUGUUGGAUGGAUAUGCAAAGGCUGGAGAAAUGAAUGCCGCGUUUGAAUUGUUCGGGGAAAUGCCACGGCGGAACGUUGUUUCAUGGUCGACUAUGAUUUCUGGUUAUAGUGAAGCUGGGGAGAUGGAUAUGGCCAGAGUUCUUUUUGACAAGAUGCCUGCAAAAAACUUGGUUCCAUGGACAAUAAUUAUAUCAGGAUAUGCCAAGAAGGGGAUGGCGAAGGAGGCCAGUCAGUUGUAUGAUCAAAUGGAGAAGUCUGGAUUAGUGCCUGAUGAGGGGACCGUUAUUAGCAUUUUGGCUGCUUCUGCAGAGUCUGGUCUGCUUAGACUGGGUAUGAAAGUUCAUGCUUGGGUUGAGAGGACUAAAUUCAAGUGUAGCACUCUGGUCACCAAUGCAUUGAUUGAUAUGUACGCAAAGUGCGGUAGGUUGGACGAUGCUCUAAGCAUCUUUAAUUUGAUGACCAAGAAAGAUAUAGUGUCGUGGAACAUAAUGAUCCAAGGUUUGGCAAUGCAUGGGAAUGGCGAGAAAGCACUCCACCUUUUCUCUAGAAUGGAAGAGGAAGGGUUUGAACCAGAUGGAGUCACAUUCAUUGGCGUGUUGUGUGCAUGUACCCACGCCGGUCUUGUUGAUGAAGGCCUAGAUUACUUUAAUUAUAUGGAAAGAGAUUUUAGGAUCGUUCCUCAAGUUGAGCACUAUGGUUGUGUGAUUGAUCUAUUGGGUCGUCGCGGUCGUCUUAAGGAGGCCUUUGCUCUUGUCCAGAGAAUGCCGAUAGAACCAAAUGCCAUUAUAUGGGGUACACUUUUGGGGGCCUGCCGAAUCCAUAACAAUACAGAUGUGGCCUCAGAGGUAGUUAGUCAUCUAAUUAAAUUGGAUACUUCUGAUUCAGGUAAUUUCUCUCUGAUGUCAAAUAUUCACGCUACAACGGGUGAUUGGGACGGUGUUGCUAAUAUAAGGCGGGAAAUGAAGAACACAAGGCUUCAGAAACCAUCCGGAGAAAGUUCAGUAGAGUUGGGCAAUGAGGUCCAUAAAUUUACAGUUUUUGAUACAUCACACCCUGAAUCGGAUGGAAUUUAUCAAAUGAUAACAACUCUGGGUUUGGAGCUUGAGUAAGAGAAGACUAAUCCAAACGGG